CCGCAGUGCUUCGGCCUCCUGACCUCCUCCCGUCCCCCCUCUCCUCGGCCCCUGCUUUUUGCCCAGCCAGCGCCCGGUUUCCGCUUUUCUCGCCCCACACGGCCAGAGAGCCCUCCCCGGGAGCAGGCCCGGGCCCGGGGCGGUCGGUCGACGACAAUGCUGAUUUGCCGGGGACGUGAAGCACCUGGAGCACCUGUAGCACCUGGAGAACGUGGUGGACAUGGCUAGUGGAGAGGAGGGGAUGUCCGGCUGGGAAUGGCGCCUUCACUACUCCAGCCCUGGCGUGGAACAGAGACCACGCGGGAAAAGCGCAGGGCCAGCGUGCGUGCGGUGGACUCGGUUUCCGGAAAUAGCCAGCAGCAGGCACAACGGGCCCGUCUGCUCCUGUCACCACGGCAUGUCGUGUAGAUACACACGUUGCUGCAGACGUCACUGCAACUCACUCCAAGUUGUGGUUGCAGAAAGUCGUGCUUGGCAUUUGGCGACUGCCAGCGGCAGUUCUGCGACCGAGCAUCGAAACCCGGAGUGUACCUUUUGCGGAGUGCAUUGUUUCUUAUCCGUGUCCGUGUCUCACUGCGGAGUGCAUUAUACUACGACUGCCGCAGUUGCAGCAGAGUCGACUCUGCGUACUCUCCGGUCUUUGUUGUGCUUUCGACAGAGGUUUAGCAUAGGGAGCUGGGCUUUUUUCUGAGCCUCCUUGUGUUCUUUCGAAUGCAAGCUCAGCGACAAGGGGACGUGAGCCAUCCCGAAGAGGCAACUCCGGAAAAAUAUCUGCAGCACGGAAAAACAACUACCCGUCGACAAAUCUUGAAAAAAAAGAAGAAAAAGCAAAGCAGAUUCUCCGGGGCUCACGUGACCAAAUUGCAUUUGGUGUCGUGACACGACAGCU